AGCGAUAUGAUGGAGUUUCAAAAGUACUGGAAGCUGAGACUUCCGAUGCAGACCAACUGCGACUUCUAAACCAGGUCGCUUUGGACAACCUAGCCUGGUCUGAUAUUCCACUCCUACCAAGAUUUGCGGAAGCCUUCGGGCGCAGUCAAUUUUCAGUAUCUGCUGAACAACUGUUUGCAAUAUGCAGACCGUACAUACAGAUAUACCAGAGCAACAAUGACCUCAAUUAUCGAGCAGCGAUUGGAGAGAUGUUGGAUAAAUUUGCGGCGAAGACGGGGCUAUCAAAAAGCUUCAGAGACGCACAGAUCAUCCAUCCGCUCCAGAAUUCACCGUUGGUCCCGCUGUUGCAGCAGACGUCCGCCCAGAUCUAUUGGCUCUCGGCCUUGUUUGAGCUGAAGCUGUCCACGAUUACUGCAACCGAGGUUAUAAAUGAACAAGGAGCCGUCAUUGAAACACUCAAACCGUCGAAAAUGAACCGUUUACAGCGCUCGUUGGUCAGUUCACGCGUAGCUGCUGUAGCGAAUGACUCGACAGUUGGAGUUUCGAGCUUUCUGUCCAAUACUAUGGCUGUUCUCCGUGAGUACUUGAAGGAGCAUGUAGAAGUGGAUGAUUGGAAGUUGCAUAAGAAAAUAUUGACUACCCUUCUACAAAUUUGGUGGGAUACCUAUCAUCUCGCCGCCUCCACGAAUUUCGAUGAAUCUACAUUCCAGGCCCAUCUAGCAAUCGGUAGCAACAUGCUCUCCCAAUUGCCCGAAAACGACCCAGUUAUCACCUUCCGACAGAGUCUAGAGACAUAUUUAGACUCGGGUUUUAAACUAACAACUGGCCUGAGCAUGGAAAUAUUAUGGAAGCAUCUACGACCCAUCGUUGUCUCCAACUUCCAAACCAUGGAGACGUUGUUGGAAAUGGAAAAACUAGCUUCACGAUUCGAUUCCUUGAAAUGGAGUGCUUCUAUUUCUGUCUCAGAACUGGGCGGAAUUAUGAAUUCAUUGGUUAAAGCGUACCGCCUUGUUCUUACGUCCAAGGUUGAUGGUUCCGCUCUUGUCAAGACGUUGGACACAGAGCUUUUGAAGUUAGAAGAGAGCGUUGGUAAAGAGAAGGCUGAUAUCAAACCGUUCUUCACUUCUCAAUUUGAGGGACUGCGACAAUUUAAAACUCUCGAAGUUAUGCGAUUGAACCAACAUGCCGAUGAUUUGAUCGAUGUCGAGACCAUUGUCCUCGCAAAUUACCCAACGACUUCAGAAAUGCGACUAAGCAGCUCGACUGAGACUUCGCGCCCUUUGCAGGUUAUUGAUUAUCUCUGGGGCCCUGGAGAUGGAAUACAGCCCACCAUGGAUUCCUUUUCAGCCAAACUAUUGAGCAGGUUGAAUGAAGUGGGAGAGGUCGAUCUCAAGAGUCUCAAGCUAUUGGAGUCAGAGCUUCCGAUUUUGGGAGAAAAGCUUGCUUCCUCAACCGGCACUAUCUGCCGAAGGCAGCUAUUAGACGUCAAUAGGAGCCUCUUUGACCUCGUUGUCAUGAUUCUUACUGUUCACGGAGGAGCUGAUCAAUCAAAAUAUACUGAAGUCAUCCAUUCGAAGAUGAUCGGCACCACUGACCUCCAAGAGGUCCCACUUCACGACUUCGGCGAAUUUAUCGGAGAGCAGCGUCAAAGUGAUAUUCUGCCUUUCGAUAAGGACGAGCAAGGCCAGAUUAGUGGGGUCAUCAAUACCAAUUUCCGCCCGGCUCUUGUUUGUAUAGCGGCAUCGGAUGCACAGCCUCAGAACCAGAUGCAAUUUUCAGCCCUGGCAUGGAUAUACUUUGCCAUAGGAUGCAUCAAACUCUACGUCCCUGACCGGCCGUUCGACCCAAAUAAGAGACAGCGACUGGAGCGCGAACGACACCUGAAAUUGAGAGAGACUCUACAAAACCGACUGGCUGCCCUCCAGCAAUUUGAACAUCUCGUGACAGGUCAGAACUACAACCUUCGAUGCCAGCUUCUUGAGGAAGAGAUUGCAGAGGUCGGGGAGCCUACUGGUGUUCUGCAAGAGAUUUACCGCCCUGAAGUCUCAGAACUGGAUCAACUCCAAGGAGAGUUUAAGAAUCUUUUGACGACCAUUGUUCAGUCAAACCCCCAUGAGAAGGUGCUAAGCUACUUCAACGGUGAUUCUUCGAGUGGAUUGCAAGAAAUCAAACUCAUGCAGAAUAAUGUCCUUCAAGUCAUUCGACGUCUGUCAGAAAGGUUCCGGGCAUAUAAUGAUCUCACUGCACCCGUCAUCAACAUGCUUCGAUGUUUGCAGAUUGGUCUCUCCAUGGCGACCGUCGCAACGCCCUCUUCAUCCCCGGUUGCGAAUCCUUCUCCUGCGAGCGAUCCUGUCCCGGUACUCAGCUCCAUGUCACCUUUUCUUGGAGCCAACGGUUCUUAUCGUAUCCCGUAUGACGACAAUCUCGUCUCAAGUCACCCUAUGGAAUACUUAACUGCAGCGUCAACCGUUACUACAAUAGAGGGUAUUGAUUCCCUUGAUAGUAUUCAUAGACAACAUCUUCUCGAGGCUAUUCAUGGCUGUUACGAGCGGUGGGAAAAGAGGUUGGAAUCAGACAAACUUGAAGCAGAUUCCAAGUCUGGGUUAUAUCGCUUCAGAGGAAGUGCUGAAGAUGAGGAGGAAGAGGAUCAGGAACAAUUUAACGAGCUCUUCCCCUCGUACGAGGACGAUUCGUCUGAUUCAACGAACGAUAGCUCUUCGGCUCAGACGGCCAGAGAUUCGGCGGUACAGCUUGCGAAGGUUCACUCGAGUAUCUUUUUGGGUGGCAGUACACCCUCUGAGAGCGUAUUGUCUCUUAUUCGACAGAUAUCAGUGAAACUCGGCUCUCUUCACGAAGACAUGACACCUAGUGAAGAACGGAAUAUGACUAGCACUCUGCUUCCAGGAGCUUUGCUACUUUUGAAUGACAAAAUCGAAGCAUUAAGCACGACAGCAACCGUCUCCGAGUCGUACAAUUUCUACACAGAUGCGAACCUACCAGAGACUCGAAAGUUGGUCAACCUUGUCCACCAAAUUCAAGCACGAUUCCGUGAACUUCAAGCUGUUGACGAAAUCGGUCACAUGCAGCCUUUGGAAGACGUUCUCGUCUCUUGUCACGAAUUGCUUCAAUUCAGGCACACCGAACCUCUCGCCAAGAUCAUUACCAAAGUGGAGAAAGUUCAUGGAUUCAUGCAUGAAUGGCAAUUCGGUGGUUGGGCUAGCCGUGCAAACUCUGCCUUAACGCUCUACGAUGGUAUUACGUCCACGAUUGUCAGCUGGCGCCGAUUGGAAUUGACAACCUGGGCGAAGCUAUUCGAAAUGGAGUCCAAGAAGUGCGAUGAUGAUGCAAGGUCGUGGUUCUUCGUUGCCUAUCAAGUCGUCAUUGCUGCACCACUCUCAAUAUCACGAUCUAGCUCUGAGGAUGAGCUCAAGAGCUAUGCCCAGAAGCUCCUGAAAGACCUCGAAACCUACUUCUCAACUGCAAUCAUCGGUCAAUUCGUGCAGCGUCUUCAGUUACUCAAGCAGCUGCAAAAGCAUCUGGAACUCUUGGUGCUCGAGGUUCCCCAAAUGUCAAUUAUCAACAGCGCUCUCGCGAACUUCAUCGCACUUUAUACCCGCUAUGAGAAGCCGGUAGAAGAGAAUUUGAAGAAGGGUAGAGUUUCGUUGGAGAAAGCAAUGCGGGAUGUCAUACUCCUUGCAACCUGGAAGGAUACAAAUAUUGUUGCUCUAAGGGACAGUGCCAAGAGAUCUCAUCACAACCUGUUCAAGAUCGUCCGGAAAUUUCGCGCACUGCUCGGGCAGCCUAUGGAGUUCGUCCUCAAACAAGGAUUGCCAGACGAGACUACAGCGGAGACUGAGGAAUCGGGUUAUGAUGCACCAGUCCAGUUCCCAACUGUCGACCUAUCGGCGUUAACUUUGUGCGCUGAAACUGUUCCCAAAUGGUCAGAGAAGAGCAAGAGGUUUAUCAAUGUCUCUAAGACGGUCAGCAUGAUGGCAGACGCAAGUCAGAUACCGGACUCCGCAGUGGAAGGAUCUACGUACCUCAACUCGUUCCUUGCCAAUAUUAUCACAUCAACUGCGGAACUGCAGAAAGCGACUCCAUCAAUCCUCACUGAAGACAACAAAGAUGCAGUCAAGCACCUCAAAUCCAGGAAACGCAAGCUCUUUGCGGAUACCUUGAAAGAUCUUCGCCAGAUGGGGAUCAAAUUCAACUUGGGCGUCGAUGCCUUGGCAAAGCAGGACUCACUCUCAAUCACACUGGCUAGUACAAAGCCUUUGCCAUCAAUCCAAGGCUUCAUCCCUGAGAAUCUUGAGUAUUAUUUCCACAAGUCUCUUGACCUUACACCCCGGGCCAGGGAAGCUGCACAUCAACAUUCAGAGGAUCUCAGCGGCGCUGAAGUUGCUAGAAGCAUUGGUUUCCUUGAAGGACUUCUCCAAGUGGUUGUUGCGCAACGAAAUGUCCUUUCGGCUGCAGUUGUGAACAUGACAACAGUCGAGCAUGCAGCUAAACUUGCAAAGGCACUCUGGGCUCCAAAUUCCUACG